AUGGGCGACAAUAACAAAGAUUUGGAGGACAUUGCAAAGAAUGCGACAGAGGAUUUCUACGAACUACUCGGGGUGGCCUUCGACGCCAAUGAAGCAGCGAUCAAGAAGGCAUAUCGCAAGACGUCUAUACGCUACCAUCCCGACAAGAACCCCGACAAUAAGGAUGCCGCCGACCGAUUUAUUUACCUAGGAUGGGCACGCGACAUCCUCAUUGACCCAAAACUCAAGGGCGAAUAUGACCGCUCACGUACAAGAAGGAGAGAGAAGGCACUGCAAGAUGAGCUCCUCGACGGGCGGCGGAAGCAGAUGAAGCAAGACCUGGAGCGACGGGAGCAAGAAGGCAAAGACUUCGGAAACAGCCUGAAAAGGAAGCGCGCGGAGGACAUGAGCGAAGCGGAGAAGCGCGCACAGGAGAUCCACAGACUCGCAGAGGACGGCAAGCGGCGGCGCAAAGAGGCGCAAGAACGACUCGAGAAGAAGCGCAAGGAAGAAGACGAAGCAGCCAGUUUUAUCGACCUUGAGGAAAGCCAGCCCCAACCACAACCAGCCGCAAGCUCUACUGCCGAACUCGAUCGUGCUGUCAAAGUCCGCUUCCAGCGCGAAGCCGAGACGCUGGAAUGGGAUAAGGACAAGCUCCAGGCCAUGUUCACCAAGUACGGCAAAAUCGAUAGCAUCGUCAUGGGCAAGGACAAGAAAAUCCGACCCUCGGGCGAGAAGCGGCGGAAGGUAGUCGCCAUGGUGUUCAUCGUCUACACGCGACUCGACCACGCCCAUGCAGCUGUGUCCGAUGCCCGGAAGGACUAUCCCAUGCUCGAAAGCGUAUCAUGGGCGAAAGGCGAACCAGACAUCAAGUCGCCUGUCGAAGCGCCGUCAGCUCCUUCAACGCCAAUAUCGACGCCGAAUAAGAGUUUCAGGGCAGCAUUUGGGCCGGGCAUGGGCAAACCAAGCACGACACCAAUGGGCACGCCGAAGUUCUCGUUUAGUCCCAAAACGCCGAGCUUGCAGGAGGUCACCAUGAUUAGGCUCAAGGAGGCGGAGAAGAAGCGAUUAGAAGAGCAGAUACGGAAGCAGGAGGCGGCAGAAGAAGCGAUGUAG